CACAACCCAAUGGCUGGAAUUCUUCACAUCCGCUCGGAGGAAGAAAUGCCUUCUUCUGUCACAAUCAAAAUCGAGGCACCUUCUACUAUUGAUAACAAUGCAGUGAAAGCAGAAGUUAUUUGUGCAACUUCAGCUGAGAAUGAAUAUUUCGAUUAUAUGAUAAACUCGACUUGUGGAUAUGUGGACAGCAUAGAGAAGGCCAAUGAGACCAUAAGAAGAUAUCAGGAACAAACUUCAUCCAAAUUUAUAUGCUACAAAGUGCAGAGAAGCUUUGGAAGAAAUGAGUGGUGUUUAGACAACCAUAAGAUCCUGUGGCAUCAAGAAGAACAAAAAGUUAAAUUGGAAAAUAACUUUCUUGGCAAUGAUGGCAUUCCAUAUGUUCUUAUUGGAAGCAAAAUACUAGAAUGUCAGUUUGGCAUUGAUAGAAAUUUGUACCAAAAGAAGAGGCAUCAAGAAAGAAGAAAGGUUGAAUUAUUGAAAAUAAAAGACCGCCGUCACCCAGUCUCUAAAAAGGUCAAUUGCCCUGCCAAAAUCAUAUUGAAAGAUGUUGUAAAAUUCCCAUCUUUCAAGGCUGAGAAAAAUACAGCUCAUGCAAAGAAACUGAAGGCUCUUCUUCUUCGUCUUGCACUCAAAGAAAGUCGUGCAGAGGGAGAACGCAGAAUAUACAUACAGCUUCCUGAAGAGACAGAUCACUGCAACCAUGAAAGAGGAAUUGUCAAUAAAAGGCCAAGGAAACCACGGGACUUACAAAAUACCAAAGUUGAAAUUCUGCCCACCUUAGACGCGGAGCUGAAUGAGACCGACUUUCUCCACACAUUUAGAGUUACAAGACCUGUGUAUCAGUUUUUAGUUGAUGAGUGGCAGAAAGAAACAAAACAAAAUUUGAUGGAGGAUGAAGUGCCAGGUGAAAAUUUAGAGCUUUACAGCCAGCAUGUAUUAGCAGUAUUGUAUUAUUUAGGAUCUACUGAGAGCCUAGCUUCAGUAUGUUCAAGGUUCAGAAUAAAGUCUGCAGCCUUUAUAGACAUCACUGUCAAAUUUGCUGACUUUUUGUUGAAGGAGUCAGAGAAGUACUUGAGCUUACCAAGCUUAGAGGAAAGAAUCAGAAUAGCAGAAGUGAUCAAGCACAACUGUGGGUUUCCUGGUGCAUUUGGAGCUAUGGAUGCUGCACUGAUUCACAUGAAAACACCAGCAGGAGCAGACAAACAAGAGUAUACCUAUGUGAAAGAAGGAAUAAGCUGUAAAUGUGCCUUCGUCUUGCAGUUUAUUGUAGAUCAUAGACUCCUCUUCCGAGAUAUCCAUGUGGAUUCACCAGCCACAGGAACCAGAGUUCAAGUCUUUCAGGAAUCACAAGCCUGGGCGCACCUCCAAAGUCUUUCAAGUGCAGAGACCCACUUAGUUGCUCCAGCUACAUACCCUUUGGCUCCUGCUAUCAUGACGCCACAUGUGAAAGAUGUCUUGUCUUACCAGGAAGCCCUGUUUAAUGAGAAUCAUCAUGAAGCCAGCAAAUUGACUACAAAUGCCAUGACAGUCUUCAAAUCCAGAUUCAAGAGGAUGCAGCAAAUGGACAGACACGUUGCAACCAAUAUGAAAUUAUUGAAGGCUACUUGCAUUUUGCACAAUAUAGCACUAAUGCAUGAGAAUGAAAUGGUAUUAGAGAACAUGCAGAUGGAAUACAACAGUGAGAUGGAUGAGGAGGGUUGGCAUAAUGUUGGCAUGGAGGAAUUUGUGGCAGAGUUUGGCAUCCUUGGAGGAGAAGAGAAGAGGCACUACCUUACUACUGUCAUGACAGCAAGACCCGACACCAUGUUAUCUUAUGUGCAGUUAUCACCAUCGCAUAUUGGUGAUAAUUUAGUUAUAUCUUGAAAAUAUAUUUACCUUACAUAAGGUAGUCAUACCAAAAGAGUCCUAUAUCUUUCUAUACUUUCUUGCAAAUACAAAAUACAAAACAUAACCAUGUUGAUUUCUUUUA